AUGUCAAACAUCGAAACAGACGGUCUAUCCGUCACUUAUUCCACUGACCGAACUGGAUCUCCGGAUCUACGGCUGAUCCACUAUAAUGAUGUCUACCACGUCGAAGCUGGCUCUGCAGAGCCUGUUGGUGGGGUGCCUAGGUUCCAAUCCAUUCUAAACCACUACCGUCAUCACCCGCAGUAUGCCGGGCAGCCCGAUAUCCUCACCUUCUUCUCCGGCGAUGCUUUCAACCCGAGUAUCGAAAGUACAGUCACAAAGGGCAGACAUAUGGUACCAUUUCUUAACACAGUGGGCACCGAUGUAGCGUGUGUGGGUAAUCAUGAUCUCGAUUUUGGAGUCGCUCAAUUCCGCCAUUUGGCCAGCCAAUGUCAAUUUCCUUGGCUUUUAGCGAAUGUUCUUGACCCGGCACUGGGAGAUGAUACCCCAAUAGCUGACUGCGGAAAGACUCACAUGUUGAUCUCAUCCAACGGGCUCAAGAUUGGCGUAUUGGGUCUUGGAGAAAGAGAAUGGCUCGGUACAAUAAACUCUCUUCCGCCCGAUCUAAUCUACAAAUCCGCAUCUGAAACAGCUCGAGUGCUUGCGAAACAGCUCCGAGAUGAGGGCGCAGACCUCGUCGUCGCUGUCACUCACCAACGUGAACCGAAUGACUACAAACUGGCUAACAACCUGUCAUCCGAUCUUGUUGACAUCAUUCUUGGAGGCCAUGACCACUUCUACGCCCAUGCCGUUGUCAAUGGUAUCCAUGUGAUGCGAUCAGGUACUGACUUCAAACAGUUAAGUUACAUCGAGGCUUUCCGCAAACCCGAUGGUUUGCCUGGUUGGGACUUCAACAUUGUGCGGCGAGACAUUGUUCGCUCAAUCCCUGAAGAUCAGGAUACAGUGGCAAUGGUGGGCAGGCUUACUGCCAGCCUCCAUGCCAAAUUAGAAAAGCCAAUAGGAUUCACAGUCACCCCACUCGACGGCCGGUUUUCUACUGUGCGCCAGCGUGAAUCUAAUUUGGGUAAUUUUGUCUGCGACCUGAUGCGCUUCUACUAUUCGGCUGAUUGUGCCAUGAUGGCAGGCGGCACAAUUCGCGGCGAUCAAAUCUACCCGCCAGGAAUACUGAAGCUGAAGGACCUGCUGAACUGCUUCCCUUUCGAAGACCCUGUCGUAUUGUUGCGCGUUCGUGGCCAUGCAUUGCUAGCUGCCCUCGAGAAUGGGGUUAGCCAACUCCCUGCACUAGAGGGUCGAUUCUCGCAAGUAUCUAAUAUCACCUACGGUUUUAAACUGGACGCACCUUCGGGGUCACGUAUUACAUUCGCUCGUGUUGGCGGCGAGCCCAUUGACUUGGAUCGUGAGUAUCUCCUUGCCACACGUGGCUAUAUGGCCCGAGGAAAAGAUGGGUUCACAUCAUUGCUUAUCCAAGCCGAAGGAGGUGAGGUGGAGGAGCUUGUGUCUGAGGAAAAUGGUGUGCUCAUCAGUACAAUCCUACGGCAAUAUUUUCUAAGUGUCAAAGUACUCGGGAAAUGGAGCCGUUGGAGCGCCAGUUUAGGCCGACACUGGGGUACUGUACAUCGCAAUCUGCACGGUGAUGGCUGGCUGAAACCAGCGUCUCCCAAAACCGAGAAAGCAAAAACAAGUGAAAGGCACACAAAGCCUCCUCUCCGACGGACAGGCCGGGCAUCAUAUUACUAUGGUCGAUUUCCCGAAGAGGUCGAUCAGGAGACUGACGUUAUCACCGGGGAUCAGACGAAUGGCACUGCCAUGGAUUCUGACUCAGAUGAGGAUCCAAAUAUCCUCACAUCCUCAGAGCCAAUCACAAAUUACGUCACUCACCCAGCGAAAUCAUCCGCUGAAGAAGAGUAUCGUCUACAAAUUGCACGGCGAGUUGUCCGAAAGUGGAUGCGGCACGCAGGUCUGCAGUGCAGAAAUCCGAAUACCAUGGACGGCGAAGGUGAAUUCACUCCAGCCUGGACGUCAGGAAUAUCUCCUCGACUAGAAGGACGCAUUGUAGUAGAAUAG